CCUUCUUCUUCACCUGAAGCAGCUGAGCCGCUCUAGUGCGGUUAUAAUUAAGGAACGUAAUAACUAGUGUUUUCUCCGUGGCUUAUGGAAAUGCCAACGUGAUUUAUGUUUCUAAGACUAAUACACCUAUUUGUAAAUUUGUGGCUGACUAAUGGAUUUUUGGACAGUUCUGCUGGGCGCAAUGACAGGCUAAUACCGCGCUUUUUGGAGUGAAAAAUUGCGUCGUAUCGGUUCUCCAUCGAGUUUUUUAUGCCAAUUCUAAAUGGCUCCCACGAGUGGAUCAUGCGCUUCUCGGGAUUCUCCGAUCGUUCUUCUCACCGGUUACGAUCUUUUCAGGACUUACUCCACAAACUCAUCGAAAGAAGUGGUUGAACAGUUGGGUAAAAUUGGUAUCGAUAACAUAGAUCUUCGUACGGAGAUAUUUCCCGUUGAAUAUGCGGAAGUAAAAAGAAGAUCGCAGGAACUCUUUGAAGAGCACCACCCUCUUCUCACUAUUCAUUGUGGGAUGCAUUCCCAGGCACGUGCCGUCGUGCUUGAACAGGAGGCACGAAACUCAGGGUAUGACGCAGCCGAUGUGCAAGGUCGGCUUCCAGAACGUAAUUGCUGUGUAAGCUGCCCAGCACCAGAAUUUCUUUCAACGGGCUUAAAUCUCGAAGCGAUAGUAUCCCAGGUGUGCAAAAGCAUCUCUGUGCCAGUGCACAUUUCGAGAGAUGCUGGCAACUACCUUUGCGAGUUCAUCUACUACUGUUCUCUGUCUCGUUGUCGUCGUACGCUAUUUGUGCAUCUUCCGAUAAUUUCGAGCGAAUUUACCUUGGAGUGCCUUGUAGAUGCCCUGAAAAAGAUUGUUAUUUUUGCCGUGGCUCAGUGCAGCCGACAAAGUGAAAAUAGUCAACAAACCCCAUAAUGCGCGUUUUUAUGGUAGGAACCAUACCAGUAAAAAUAAAUCGUCACAUCCGCCAUAAGUUGUUGUUGUCAAAAGUUUAUAGUAUAAAAUUAGAAGUCUCUAUCACCUGAGCCUCUCAAAGGGUUUUACUUACAAAUUACGAAGAAUUAAGGUUCAAUUUGCUAAAGAACAUUGAAAAGUAUCAAAUGAAAAGUCAAACACAUGAUCGUCAAGUAGCGCUUACACAUUUACACUAUUAUGCUUAUUCAUUCGAAAGAGUCUUCGAAGAGUUAAAGAGGAUCUAAAUAAAUUGUGCUACCGCCCUUGCUGAAUGAAAAAUAA